UGACGACGACAAAAAACUGUUUUGGGAGAGAUUUAAGCAAAAGGUACAGUGGGCACCUGAGCAUGAAACUCAAAUUCACAAAAACUUUAACAUGAAAGCAUCUCACCGAUUAUCAGAAAUGUUUAGAGAUGCCCGGAUGGCAGGACAACGCCCUUAUUGGGUGGGGGAGCACAUAUGGAAUUCAUUAUUGGCGCAUUGGAAUACGCCACAAUAUCGCAUUAAAUGUGCUACCGCCCAGAAAAAUAGGGCAUCAGAAAAAGGUGGUGCACUGCAUACUGGAGGAUCCAUCACCACACAUGAACAUGUGAUUCGUAUGGCAGCGGCGCUUGGACGGGCUGUUCAUGUUGAUGAGGUCUUUACACAGACUCAUAUUCGCAAGGGGACUGGUGAAUAUGUUGAUGAGAGGUCUCGCAAGACCAUUGAAGAUUUUUCUGCGAGAUUGACACAGGCAACACCAGAGGGGGGAUCUGGUGCUGAUGAAGAAAUGAUCAGGACCCAAUGCUGGGUUGAUAGAGUCGGGGGAAAAAAGAAAGGACGAUUGUAUGGGGUAGGGCAACUUGCCUCUCAUUAUAGUGCUGGAAGAGGAGGCAUAUUCAGACAUCAACCAUCUACCUCUACCACAUUUGACCCGAACAAUGUCGUCAGCAAAGAUGCUUAUGAUUCACUUCUAGCCAGAUUUGAAAAUCUGGAAAAUCUGGUUAGGACAUUGGUUCCUCAGCAAGGACAUACCGCCCCCAUCAUCAUCCCAGCAGCCUCCUUUCCAGACCACGGUUGUGCAAGACGAAGAUAG